UUCAUUAUUAAAUUUGUAUUAUUAGUACUAUAACUUCCCCCCACCUUCUCCUUUUCUCUAUUAGUCUAAAAGGAUCAAUUAUUCUCUAACCAUUAUUCCAAUAGUAACAGAGCUUUUGGAAGCAAAAAAAAAAAAGAGUAGUACUGAGGCUCAUGUAAUUUGAUUGACUUCAAUUGAUUCUGCUCUGAAUAUUGGAAGAAGAUAGAAUAACCUGUGGAAUUUGGGUAUUUGUUGCUUAGUCCUGUUGCAUCUUUUCGGGUGAUUCGCUUGCUUUCAAGAUGAUGAUGUUUGAGGAAAUGGGGUUCUGUGGCGAUCUUGAUUUCUUCCCUGCUCCGCUAAAGGAAGUGGAAGUGGUUGCGCCACAGAAUCAGAUUGAGCCGGAUUCUGGGGUGGAUGAUGAUUAUAGUGAUGAGGAGAUUGAUGUGGAUGAGUUGGAGAGGAGAGUGUGGAGGUACAAGAUGAAGCUAAAAAGGCGGAAAGAAAUGAGUAGAAGUAAGGAAGGUGUUGAUCAUGCAAAACAACGUCAGUCGCAGGAGCAGGCGAGGAGGAAGAAGAUGUCAAGGGCGCAGGAUGGGAUCUUGAAGUACAUGUUGAAAAUGAUGGAAGUUUGUAAAGCUCAGGGUUUUGUUUAUGGGAUCAUUCCGGAGAAAGGCAAGCCGGUUAGUGGGGCAUCUGAUAAUCUUAGGGAGUGGUGGAAGGAUAAAGUGAGGUUUGAUCGAAAUGGUCCUGCAGCCCUAGCCAAAUAUCAAGCUGAUCAUGCCAUCCCAGGCAUGAACGAGGGGUCCAAUCCAGUUGGUCCUACCCCUCACACCUUGCAGGAGCUGCAAGAUACCACCCUUGGUUCGUUAUUAUCAGCUUUGAUGCAACACUGUGAUCCUCCUCAGAGAAGAUUUCCAUUGGAGAAAGGUGUUCCACCACCAUGGUGGCCCACCGGACAGGAGGAUUGGUGGCCUCAAUUGGGUUUGCAGAAGGACCAAGGUUCUCUACCUUAUAAGAAACCUCAUGAUCUGAAGAAGGCGUGGAAGGUUGGUGUCCUCACUGCAGUGAUCAAGCACAUGUUCCCCGAUAUUGCUAAAAUCCGCAAGUUGGUAAGGCAGUCAAAGUGCUUGCAGGAUAAGAUGACCGCCAAGGAAAGUGCAACUUGGCUUGCCAUCAUCAGUCAAGAGGAAGCUUUAGCCCGAGAACUUUAUCCGAAUCGCUGUCCACCUUUGUCCUCAGCUGUUGGUAGUGGAAAUUUCAUGCUGAAUGACAGCAGUGAGUAUGAUGUUGAAGGUGCUCAAGAUGAGUCUGUCUUUGAUGUUCGUGAGCAAAAACCAAACCAUCUCAAUUUGUUGAACAUCAGUGUUGAGAGAUUCAAGGAAGCGAUGCCUCUUCAGCAACAAUCUCAUCCAAACAAGGAUGAACUGAUCACCAACUUAGAUUUCAGUCUGAAGAGGAAGCAUGUCAUUGAACCGACUGUGACGAUGGAUCAAAAGAUCUAUACAUGCGAGUUUCUUCAAUGUCCUCACAAUGAACUUCGCCAUGGUUUUCAGGACAGAUCUUCCAGAGACAAUCAUCAAUUUUCUUGCCCUUACAGCAGUUCUCCCCGGUUUGGAGUUUCAAACUUUCAGAUUAAUGAAGUCAAGCCGGUUGUCUUCCCUCAACAAUAUAUCCAUCCUAAGUUUGCUGCUCUGCCGGUUAAUCAGGGUCCACCUUCCUUUGAUCUAUCUGGUAUAGGAGUUCCUGAAGACGGGCAAAAGAUGAUUAACGAGCUUAUGUCAUCGUAUGAUUGUAAUGUACAAGGAACCAGAGGACUAAAUACGGGGAAUAAUGCAUUGACCAAAGAACAGCCUCAUCAACAACCUCGUGUUGUCCAACAUGACAAUUACCUGCUCAGCCAAGGGAUAAUGGAAGCAAAUAUCUUCAAAGACACUAAUAUUUCCGCGACUCAGUCUAUGCUCCAACAAGGCGACCUGUUCGAUCAAUCCAAGCCUUUAAAUCCAUCUAUCAAUGCAGGCUCCAAUGAUAGUUUCCAUUUCAUGUUUGGGUCUCCAUUCAACUUACACACUGCCAAUUACAACGAAAACCUGCCUGGCAUUGGAUACGACGCCACACCAAAGCAAGAUGCCCCUAUUUGGUAUUAGCCAGGAGAUUGUUGAUGUGUAUAUCAUCAAGUAGUCAGUUUUGGCUUCACAGAUAUAGCAUUUUCCGAUGGGAAAAAGAUCCCAUGUACACUCGUCUGCUUUUUCGGAAAUCGCCUAUAGUCCUCUUAGUUCUGUUGUUUCCAUUUACCAUCUGUGGUAAAAAUUGAAGAACUGGGCAUGGUGUAACAAACACCUUGCAAUAUUUGCCAAUGUUUUUUAUAGGACAUGUAGAUAUAUCUUAAUAAAUAAGUUUCUGUUUCAUCAUAGCCAGUUUUAUCAGUCUGUAUAAACUGUUGAAUUUAUGGGCUGUGGGUUGUACUUGUUCUCAAGAUUGUUGAAUUUGAAGUUUGUUGCCAAAGUUAUAUAAAGAUGUGUUUUCUUCUA